CUUUGGUAGCCUCGUUGGCAGCAACGGCGACCAGACCGAAGGCGCGGCGAAACAGGACAGGGCCAAGGUCGAGCACGACGCGUCUCACGCUACCGUCAAGCUUCCCGGCGCCACCGCCUCGUCGACAGGCGCCGUCGCCAAGGACAACCCCGACCGCAGCGAUGGCUCUUGGGACCAGACUGUCGGGUCCGCGAAGCAGGCAGUUGGUGGGCUCAUCGGCUCCGAGUCCCUGAAGCAGAGUGGCCGUCAGCAGAACCAAUCCGGCCAGGAGCAGGAAGCCCGCGGGCAGGCAAGCGACUACGUCUCUGGCGUCUCGGACCGCUUCACUGGCACGCUUGGCAACGCCGCCGCGGCCCUGUCCGGCGACCGCACCAAGCAGGAGGAGUACCAGAACAAGCAUGACACUGGCAAGACCAGGCAACGGGGUGUUGAGCACGAUGUGCAGAAGCAGGCCGAGGCGGCUGAUCGGAAGGCGGGUGAUCGGCAGUGAAGUGGGUUGCGGGCUUAGCAUGUGCAACAUUGUGAUACCCAGGGAGAUAGCACGGCGGGAUCCCUAAACCACCCUACCUACCCCAGAUAGUAGAGG